UCCUUGAUAUUAUCUAAAGUGCAAUAAAAAUUUGUAGAUAAUAAAAAAAAAUAUAUUUACCUCGGUUCUGGUCAAAAUUAAUUAACGUAAAUUAAAAUUAACGACGAACGCGACGUAUAAUUAACGAACAGUGCAAUGUGGGUCAACUUUCUAAAUUGUUGCAAUAUUCAUAUAUAUGGGAUGUCCGCGGUGACGCGACAUUUAUUCGUCGUACUUAACGGUUUCUAAUUUCAGAUCAUUUUUUAUAUUUUAGCUUUUCUCACCUGGUCCUCGAUUUUUUUACAGACGGAAUUUUCUUUUUUUUUUCUUUCUUUCUUUUUUUUUUGUUUUGUCGUAAGGUUAAUGAAAAUACAAUUAAUAUCGGCGUGCUCGAAAAAUCAAUCAGCUUGACAUCAGCUACGCGUAUACAACAUUAGGUACAUGUACAUACAUUUACUCGAAAGAAAAAAUACAUCUACCUAUGAUGGAACAUGUAUCGUGUAAAAAGACGAAUACCUUAUCAUAAAAAGCACAAAACAAUUUUUCGAUCGUGUAUGUCACGCUUACAAACUACGUAUCAGUCCUUUCGUUAUCAAUGUACGUAAUACGUUCAAGUAUUUUAAUGACCUAAAAUAAAUGCUUAUUUUGUUUGCAGAUCCUGGCACAAGAUUUCAAGGCCAAGUGUUUUGACGUGAAUUUUAUACGUAUAGUGUAUGUAACUCUCAAUGACCAGGCGUCGACGACGGUUCUUUGAUCCGUAUAUCGUUAAUCAAUUUCCGUUACACGUGUUUGUAAAUUUUCUUACGGCUGGACGCGAUUCGUAAUCGCGCACAGUUGUGUAAUCACGAGCACUAUAUAAAUCAUGGACGACGAGAAGCAUGAUAAAAUAAAAACAGAUUUUAUCUGUUAUAUCAGUAUAUAUAUAUAUAUAUAUAUAUAUAUAUAUAUAGUUGGAAAAUAGUUUCUACAAGAUACCCGUGUGGAACCCGCGGAUAAAAACUCGUAAAGGAAGAGACGAAAGAUUUUUCGUAAACUCGGCUGUUUGAAUGCGCGCAAGUUUCGGACAAGAUCAGUAUUAAUAUUAAGAGAGUACGAAAGUACGCGACCAGAGCGAGAAAUGAGCGUCGCGACGGUUGUCGGCGCCGCUGUAAAAACAGCUACUGUCCUUCUUGGUGUCGGUAUCGGCAAGAUAACUAUAAUCCCAGUGCUGAUUGCCGCGCUCGCAUACUUCAAUUAUGAUCUCAUGGAUCCAGAAAAUCACCCGCGCGUGACGAAACAAUUGAGUCAAGAUUACGACUUUAUUGUAAUUGGCGGCGGAUCGGCUGGCAGCGUGCUUGCCAACAGGCUGACUGAGACGCCUGAAUGGACCGUGCUCUUACUGGAGGCCGGAGGUCACGAGACCGAGAUAACCGACGUGCCGAUACUCUCGUUAUAUUUGCACAAGAGUAAACUCGAUUGGAAGUAUCGCACGCAGCCGCAAGACACGGCCUGCCAGGCGAUGAUCGAUCGUCGAUGCUGUUGGACACGCGGCAAGGUUCUUGGAGGAUCCAGCGUUUUAAAUACGAUGCUAUAUAUUCGCGGAAAUCGACGUGAUUUCGAUCAAUGGAAGAAUUUCGGAAAUCCUGGUUGGGGAUACGAAGACGUGUUGCCAUAUUUUAAAAAGUCACAGGAUCAAAGGAAUCCAUAUUUGGCACGCAAUACAAGAUAUCAUGGUACAGGAGGGUACUUGACCGUGCAGGAUAGCCCAUAUGUCACUCCGUUGGGCGUAGCGUUUCUUCAGGCUGGAGAAGAGAUGGGCUACGAUAUUUGUGAUGUCAACGGCGAGCAGCAAACUGGUUUUGCCUUCUUUCAGUUCACAAUGCGACGAGGUGCUAGGUGCAGCACCGCCAAGGCAUUUGUGCGGCCAAUCCAGCUCAGAGAAAAUUUUCACCUCUCCCUGUGGAGCCACGUGACUCGCGUGCUGAUAAAUCCACAGAAUAGAAGAGCGUAUGGAGUAGAGUUUAUCAGAGAUGGUCGUAAGGAAGUGGUGUUCGCCAAGAAAGAGGUGAUUCUCUCGGCUGGCGCAAUUAAUAGUCCACAAUUGUUGAUGCUUUCUGGAGUAGGUCCGCGCGUACAUCUGGAGCAACUGGGAAUUCCCGUGAUUGAAGACGCCCCCGGGGUCGGGCAGAAUCUGCAAGACCAUAUAGCAGUCGGGGGGCUCGUUUUCCCGAUCGAUUACGAGAUCAGUAUCGUGAUUAAUCGGAUGGUGAAUAUAAACUCUGCGCUGAGAUACGCCGUCACCGAGGACGGUCCAUUAACGUCCAGCAUCGGCCUCGAAGCGGUCGGCUUUAUUUCCACCAAGUAUGCCAAUCAGACGGACGAUUGGCCUGACAUCGAAUUCAUGUUGACAUCCUCGUCAACCAAUUCCGACGGUGGCAGCCACGUGAAGAAAGCUCAUGGUUUAACUGACGAAUUCUACAACGAAGUAUUCGGUAAAAUCAACAAUCACGACGUCUUCGGAGUAUUUCCGAUGAUUCUCAGGCCCAAAUCACGCGGUUAUAUCAGACUGAGAUCCCGGAACCCUUUGGAUUAUCCAUUGCUGUAUCACAACUAUCUCACUCAUCCAGAUGACGUGGCGGUGCUGCGCGAAGGUGUUAAGGCCGCUGUCGCCUUCGGCGAGACUAGUAGUAUGAGAAGAUUCGGCUCUAGAUUCCACAGCAAGCCAUUGCCCAAUUGCAAGCACCUACCACUGUAUACCGAUGAAUAUUGGACGUGCGUUGUGAGGCAAUACACCAUGACAAUUUAUCAUAUGAGUGGCACCGCCAAAAUGGCCCCGCCCGAUGACCCACGGGCAGUCGUAAACCCAGAGCUGAGGGUCUAUGGAAUCGACGGCUUGCGAGUGAUUGACGCAAGUAUCAUGCCGACCAUCACCAGCGGCAAUAUAAAUGCCCCGGUAAUCAUGAUUGCCGAGAAGGGUGCCGAUAUGAUAAAGGCAAAGUGGAUGGGACGGUUUCGUUUCAAGAGGGACAAUGUCACUGCCGCCGCUGCUGCUGCUGCUUCUUGACACGCCGAUCGAUUGCGUAAUCGUAUAAUGUAAUAUACAAGGUUUGUUUAAAAAGAUUUUGUCUUGAAAGUAUCGGGGAUUUGCUUCGUAGUCUCUUGUCUCCUUCGAAACACAUCUCCCCUCUCGACUGACACACCACUCUAUUUACGCUUAACGUUCCCACUCAAUUACGGAAACAGUCCUGGUACGCAUUCUUCGGGAUCGCACGCAAGUCCGUCUGCGUAUUUUCCUUCGUGAAAAACUAAAGAUUCGACACAAUUCAGAAGACAUCAAAGAAGACGAACUUACGUACGAUUCCAAAAAAUCCGUGCACAAGGACUGUUUCUAAAAGUGGAAACGGCAUUGAGAAUAUAGUGUAUCAACCGAGAAGAAGAAACAUACCUCGAAAGAGACAAGAUUAAACAAGUUGUAAAUUGUAAGUAAAUCCCCAAAAAUUUUAAAGACAAAGUUCGAAAGAUCUCUUUUUUUUUUUAACAGGUCUCGUACUCGUAUAUAAUGUAAUAUAGAGAUACACGGCCAAGUGUAGAAAGUUGGAUCAAAGAACAGCUUUAAUUAGUAGCAUUACAUAUUUUCGUGAAAGAAAUUAUAGUCUCCAAUCUAAGAUCUGAAUAGCUUGCAGAAAAAAAAGCAAAAAAAUAAUAAAUGUUGAUUGUAAUCGUUUGUAAUAUUUAAUAUUCGUAAUAUUGAACUUUUUCGUAAAUACAAUUUUUCUCGUAUAGAGUGUUUAAACAUUUAGAAAUACAGUUUACGUUCACGUUAACGUAACGUAAUAAUGUAACGUAAUAACAUAACGGUACAAGUAUUCUCGACUUGUACUCUCAUUGCAUCCGUUCAUCCAAGUCGUCGAUUAUUUACAAAAAUGCCAUCUCACUUUAGAAAAAAAAGUAUUUUCAUCGAAUAUACGACAGGCUGAUUGAAAGAUUCAUUUAUUUGGCACGAGACUCUGUGAUGCGUUCUUCAUUAUUUCAACAGAGAGUUGUAACAGCGUUUUGUGAAAAUUCCACAUUGACCGGCGUAGGGCAUACGGCGUGUCACGUCAGAAUUUUGUUGAUUCACAAACAUCACUACUUCGCGUAACCAAGUGUUUCGAAAUAUUCACAUAAUUAAAUCUUGGAUACUCGCGCAAAGCCAAGAUGAUGAGUCAAGAAGAUGAGUAAUUACACAUAAUUAUUGCGUAUAUGAGGUUUGCCAUAAUUGUGCCAGGAGUCGCAUGCCGGUGAGAUUUCGUUACACAUAAUAGAAAUGUUAAAUAAGAUAAGAAUCUAUCAAUGGUGAAUGUGUUUCACUUUUAAGACAAAGAUUUUGAAGACAAAGAUUUUAUUAUAAAUAAAAUAAUUUUACCAAUAAUUUUCCUUUAAAUCGAUCCCUUGAGAAAUCGUUUUGUAAUCAUUCCGAUUUCAAAACGUUAAAACAUUAUUACGUAUUUUAGUAUUUAAUUAUCCUAUAGUAUUAAGCAGAGAGAUCUCUGUAGUAUAUAGAAAAUAGAACGAUUGUGAUACGUAAAACUAAACUUUCUUAUUUUUAUUUGUAUAUUUCUUAAUAAGCACACGUCUUAAUAAGCAAACAAAUAACAUGCAUUGAGAAAAAAAUAUUUAAAUAAAAAAAAAUUCUAUCCAGAUCGCUGCCAACAGCCCAUUUACUUGAUACAAUACACAUAUUUACCUAGAAUUUAAUAUUUUUAUUUAAAACAAGUAAAAAAAUAUCCAAUUCCAAACAAACAUGUGUAUUAUAUUAAAGUAAUCAAGUAAAUAAGCUAUUGGCAGCAAUCUAGACAAAUAUUUUUUUUUUAUCUAAAUAUUUUUUUCUCAGUGUGGAAAAUGUGUAAUUUUUUCUCUAAUUGUAAGAGCAGCAGUUCAGAAUAUAACACGGAUUACAUGCAAAUAAAAAAAAUGUGCGACUUAACGUUUCUAAGAUAGAAAACCGAUAUGAAAAUUGGCUCGACCGGUUAGAUCGCGUAAAGUGCAUCAGCCAUAACUAAUCUGCAAUUGCGUCAGGACCGCUCUCUAUUAUAAUGGCGUGGCAUGUGGUAUAAGCUGCUGUAAUUUCGGUUCUGUCGUAAUCAACUUUUUAUCGAUUCAUCCGUAUACAGAGGUUACUGCAUAUGCUAUAUAUACAAUGAUACAAAUAUGCUGCUACAACGAUAUUGUGUAAGCUCAGGCGAAAGUGUUUCGUGUACAAUGUACAUAUAAACACUGGGCUCUUUAUUAUAUUGAGACUUUUAUACGAUACCGGCGAAAACUGCGACGCAUCGCGUGAAAAGAUUAAGCGGUUAAUAAGAAAUAAAACAUCGUUUAUUUACGUAAUAAUGCGAUACAUACAGGGCACGCGGGGCAAUAAUCAACGACAAUCUAUUAUAACUAAUAUGUGCUGCAGAACAGAAAUCAACUAGCGCAAUACUGAAACAAAUAAAUUUAAAUAAAUUUAAAAAUCACAAAUGUGUACCAUAUAAACUCGUCAAUUUUUCAUGUACACAUUUUGACUGUGUUAUUGCAUAAGAAAACUUUUGUAAAAAAUGUAAUAAAGAGGA